UAUUAUAUUCAGUACAUUUUCUAUGUUACAAGAAGAAACUUGAAAAUGUGGUUAGAAUUUUUGUUGUUGUGCGUUUUUGGAUUUACAUGUUCUCUCACGACCUCCUUCGACCUCGGAGGUGUUAUAUCUGGUAACCGUAUGGCCGGGGUUCCCCUGGGGAGGUCCCUGGGGGAGGGAACCCUGGACGUGGAGGGGGUAUGUCGGGAGGCCGGCAUGGCUUGUCAGAACUGCACUCAUGCUGUCACGUGCAUACCGUUGCCUGUUGGUUGGUUAAAGGUCCCUCUCCAGGAAUGCGCAGGAGACACGACUUGCAAUGUCCACCUGGGCACGUGUUCAACACAGCACGUCCCCGAAUGCGAUCCGUAUGUGCAACAGUACCAACACUCCUGUGAACAGGUUGGAAUCUUCCCUGACGCGGUCGACUGCAGGAAGUUCCACCUCUGUUCUCCUCCUGAUGGCUUCCCAGAAGGUAGACCAGCAGACCACAGAGAGGCUCACUGUCCUAGACAUUACGGAUAUAAUCCUCAAAUUGCACAAUGUUCGAUCCAAUUAUACAAAGGACAGUGCACCAACAAACCAGUCCCUACAUGCACAGAAAUUGGUGAAACUGGAGUGGUCCCAUCCAGCCUCAAUCACUAUUACGUCUGCCUCUCGAAGCAGGGCCAAAUCCAGCCCCAAAUCUUCAUCUGCCCCAACGGUUGGUACUUCUGGGAGGGAUUCUGUCGUCAAACACCUCCCGUGGAGAAAGUCACUGAAGGGACUGAAACUACUACUGAAUAUUCGACUACUGUAGAUAAAGAAACAAAAGAAGAUCAAGUUACUAGUGCAAUAGACAGUUUCUUCUCGACAGAAAAGAGUAGCACUUAUGCCCCUGACACUUUUUUAGCGGACAAAUUUGAUCUGGCCAAUUACGAGGCUACGGAUGAUGCAGGGCCUUCUAAUGAUGUAUUUUUUUCUGAUUCGUCAGAAAAUACCUCAGAUUUUUGGUAGUUCCAUAUGAAAGAUAAUAAGUUUUAAGAAUAAUGCAUUUAUAGAAUAUCCGAGCACCUUUAAUGGCUAAAAGUAUAAAUAUUUAUAUUACAAAAAUGUAACUUUUUAUUAAUUAUUUAAGGUAUGAAUCUUAAGAUCAAUAUUGAACAUAGGUUAACUAUAAUUAUUAUUAUACUUAUAAGAUUGGAUAUUCAAUUAUUCCUUUUAGAUUAAAAUUAUCACAUAAGUAUAACUUAUAUAAUCCUACUUGCACUAAAAUAAAAUAAAUAUCAGAGGAAAU